AUGACCUCGUUUGUUACAGUGGAAGAACUUACUCCAAAUGACUCCGAAGCGAGCGGCUCACACGCCGAAGACAAAAAUGGCAAUUCGAAAAUUCUCAAACGCUUGGAGACAGUUCCUGACAUAAAGAGGGACACAUCUGGAAUCACAACACAAUACAUUGCUACUGGGAUUGUAAACCUUGGUGCCUUUGCGUCCGGAGUAUGUGUUGCUUGGACAUCCUCAGCUUUGCCCAUGAUGAUUACGGGAUUUUAUGAGUCACAAUCUACAAGAUCAACGGAAACGCUUGCACCAGCAAAUGGAACUCAUACGAAAAUUAUGCUUACAGAAACAGACGCUUCAUGGGUGGCAUCGCUGCUAUGUUUGGGAGCGUUAUUCGGAGCGGUUCCAUCUGGUCUUAUAUCUGAAUACUUUGGGAGAAAGAAGACUUUAUUGUAUUUAGCUCUUCCGCUAGUGGUUUCUUGGAUACUUGUCGCUUCCAGUCCAAACGUAUAUGGUCUAUACGUGGGUCGAUUUGUGAGCGGUAUAGCUGUUGGAGCCUUCAGCGUCGCCAUACCACCUUAUGUAGAGGAUAUAGCUGAGAAACAGAUUCUGCCAGCACUGGCCAACUUUUACCAUGUUCACUUUGCGUGUGGUAUUCUGUUUGGGUAUAUAAUCGGAUUGGUUCAGAAUACGUCGUGGUUGGCAGUUCUCUGUGCAAGUAUACCUAUCUCCUUCUUCAUUGGAUUUAUCUUCCUCCCUGAAUCACCAGCAUAUCUUAUAUCGCAGGGGAAGUUUUCAGAAGCCAAGGCCGCCUUACGAUACUUUAGAGGAAUAGACAAUGACAUCGAAGAUGAAGUGAAAGAAUUGAAAGAAUACGUCAGGAAUUAUGGAAAAAAUAAAGUGACAUUCAGACAACUUUUUACCACUAGAACAACUGUGAAGCCAUUAGUUGUAUCGUUUGGCUUGAUGUUUUUUCAGCAAAUGAGUGGUAUCUACCCAAUACUAUUCUACGCUGAAAGGAUCUUUAAAAAUUUCGCGAUCUCUCUAAAUCCACCCAGUGCCACUAUCAUUCUUGGCUUUUGCUUUGUGACAGCGACGUAUUUUUCAACGAUGUUUUUGAAGAAAGUUAGACGGCGAGUGUUAUUAUUGAUAUCAUUUACUUUAAUGGCACUUAGCUUAGGAACAUUGGCUAUGUUCUAUCAUUUGAAAGCUUCGAAUUUAUCGGCUCACAAUACUUGGGUGCCUCUAUCUUCUUUAUGUCUUUUUGUUUCUGUGUACGCUGUUGGUGCAGGAUCGAUUCCCUGGUUAAUGCUCCGAGAGAUAUUCGCUCCAAAUGUAAGACGGCGAGCGACCGCAAUCACAGCUGGUGUCCAUUGGUUCUUAGCCUUUGGAGUUACGAAAUUAUACCAGAAUUUAGUUCACCUGGUGAGUCCUGGCUGGACGUUGUGGCAUUUCGCAGUAACAUGCUUGAUUGGGACAAUUUUUAUAUAUUUUUUCGUUCCUGAAACUAAAGGGCGAACGUUAGAAGAUAUCCAUAACGAAUUUGAUGGUAUUCAUAAAAGAAGGAGGCAUCGACAUGUUAUUGAGGUAGAAACCAUUUCUGUGCAUUGA